AUGAGGGGACUAAUUUAUUGGUGUACACGUAUUCUUGCAGAAGGCAUGGCGGAAGCUGUCAGCUCGAGCAGGGACUGCCUUCAAGCAGGCGAGUCCUGUACCAACGACCCCAUCUGCAGUGCCAAAUUCAGGACCCUCCGGCAAUGCAUCGCAGGCAACGGAGCCAACAAGCUGGGCCCCGACGCCAAGAACCAGUGCCGGAGCACCGUGACGGCCUUGCUGUCCAGCCAGCUGUAUGGCUGCAAGUGCAAGCGAGGCAUGAAAAAGGAGAAGCACUGCUUGAGCGUCUACUGGAGCAUCCACCACACAUUGAUGGAAGGCAUGAAUGUACUGGAGAGUUCCCCUUAUGAGCCGUUCAUCAGAGGCUUUGAUUACGUCCGGCUGGCAUCCAUCACCGCAGGGUCUGAGAAUGAGGUGACCCAGGUCAACCGGUGCCUGGAUGCCGCCAAAGCCUGCAAUGUGGACGAGAUGUGCCAGCGGCUGCGGACAGAGUACGUCUCCUUCUGCAUCCGUCGCCUGGCCCGGGCCGACACCUGCAACCGCUCCAAGUGCCACAAGGCUCUGCGCAAGUUCUUCGACCGCGUGCCACCGGAGUACACCCACGAGCUGCUCUUCUGCCCCUGUGAUGACACAGCCUGUGCCGAACGCCGGCGGCAGACCAUUGUUCCUGCCUGCUCCUAUGAGUCCAAGGAGAAGCCCAACUGCCUGGCGCCUCUGGACUCCUGCCGGGAGAACUACGUCUGCAGGUCACGCUACGCAGAGUUCCAGUUUAAUUGCCAGCCAUCCCUGCAGGCUGCGAGCGGCUGGCGGGGGCAGAUGCUGGCGUACACAGGGAUCAUAGGCAGCCCCAUCACACCCAACUACAUUGACAACUCAACUUCCAACAUAGCUCCCUGGUGCACGUGCAACGCCAGUGGCAACCGGCAGGAAGAGUGUGAGAGCUUUCUGCAUCUCUUCACCGACAAUAUCUGUCUCCAAAAUGCCAUUCUGGCCUUUGGCAAUGGGACCUACCUGAAUGCAGCUGUGGCCCCAUCUAUCCCUCCCACCACACAGAUGUACAAACAGGAGCAAAAUGCCAACAGAGCCGUGGCAACCCUCAGAGAGAACAUCUUUGAGCAUCUCCAGCCCACCAAGGUGGCCGGAGAGGAGAGGCUCCUGCGAGGCUCCACUCGUCUGUCAUCAGGGACCUCCAGCCCAGCAGCUCCUUCCCGCUGGGCAGCCUCUCCACUGCAGAUGUGGCUUCUCCUUGCUCUUGCUGUGCUGAGCCUCUCCGUGAUGUGA